AUGGCCAAACAGGACGGUGCGAAUAAUGCAUGUCAGCCUGCCUUGCAGGUCAUUGUACUGGGCUCGGGUGGUGGACCACAAGAGCACAAUGUCACCGCCUUCCUCGUAAGAUCGGUUAGAUCUGGUUGGAAUCGAGGCUCAACAGUUGCUCUCGAUGCCGGUGUCCAUCUCUCCGCUAUUACUCGGAUUCUCGAAGAAACACAACCCUCAGGACUCGGAACCCAUGUUGCAUUACCUCAUGUAUUAGAGUCGGGCCCCUUUGCUGGCUUGGAGGUCCAAUCAACAUGCGCGUCUGCCAAUGCCGCUUACAUAACAAGACAUCUCAUUGACACGUACCUAAUCACUCACCCACAUCUCGACCACAUCAGCGGCUUCGUAAUAAACACUGCAGGUCUCCCAGGGACGCGACCAAAGCGAAUUGCGGGAUUACCUUCCACCAUUUCCGCUUUCAAAACGCAUAUCUUCAACAAUGUCAUUUGGCCAAACUUAUCAGAUGAGAACAAUGGCGCCGGUCUUGUAACUUACACGCGCCUUGUUGAGGGAGGCAGUCCAGCUCUUGGCGAAGGGGCUGGUAAGGGGUACCUAGAGAUUAGCGAUGAUCUGACAGUAAAAGUCUUUAGUGUCAGUCACGGGCACUGUAUAGAGAGGCAUACACACCGUGGUUCUACGUCUUCCUCUCGCUUUGGUAGCGUAGACAUCUCAUCAAUGGCAUCGCCAAGAGUGGGCCAGGGUAAUAAUGUUGCGUCGGGGCCGUCUCCUCUUCUCAGAUCAUCAGGCAUUGGACGCCCAUCGAUAGGACAGGAGCCGGAAUCAAUGUGUGUUUAUGACUCGAGUGCAUACUUCAUCCGAGAUUCGGUCAGCGGUCGGGAAGUUCUAAUGUUUGGCGACGUAGAGCCCGACAGUAUUUCACUUUCACCGAGGAACCUUGGAGUCUGGCAAGAAGCGGCUCCGAGAAUAGCAGACGGCAAUCUUGCAGCCAUUUUCAUCGAAUGUUCUUACGAUGACAGCCAGACCGAUGACCUUCUAUUCGGUCAUCUAACUCCCCGCUACAUCAUCGAAGAGAUGAAGGUGCUCGCUGCAGAAGUUGAGUCAGUUCGUCAGACUCCAGCCAAAUUUGAGCCGAAUAAGAAACGCAAGAGGGAGCUGGAGGAAGCGAGUAGAAGAGCGAAUCGAGUUAUUGCAAGGUCCGGCGGGGACGAUGGGCCCGUGUCACCAAAAUCAAUUCGUCCGCGACUGUCGGGUUCGGGGUCAUUACCACCAAGUGAAAAUGGCCUCGACUCCCCACCUCUCACGACCCCUACGGCCGAAAUGAGCUUGAAGGACUUUGAAGCUAACAUGACACCACCUCCUCCUCUACGUAAGACGCCAAACCCCCUUAAAGGUUUGAAGGUGGUCAUUAUACACGUCAAGGAGAAACUCCAUGGUGGGGAAAAACCAAGAGACACGAUAUUGCGCGAGUUGCUUGACCACGAAAAGGAGGCCGAAUUGGGUUGCGAGUUUAUCAUUUCAAAAAUGGGACAAAGCCUCCUGUUUUGACCCCUUCCAUUGCAUAUACGGCUAUGGGUGUUUACAUAUAGCACAACGGGAUGUGGCUUGCGGCAUUUGUGGGUCGGAGUUGUGCGUUGCUUAUCUAGAAUAGGGGCCUUUUUCCUUUCUACCCAUCUGGCUAAACGUCACGGUCAAGGCGUCGAAGGUUUAGCUAUCUACAUGAACAGGGCGGUCGAUAUAUUUUCGGUAGGCGUUAGGAGUUUCUAGAUACCUGGCAAAAGGAGCUCAGAGCUUCAGCAUCAUGCAGAAGAGGUAUACAUCAAUGCGAGAAGAUGAAACCGGGCUAUUGAUCACCCGCCUCCCGGUGGCUUGAAAUUUCUUUCCCAUCCGGUGAGAUUGUACAAUUGGGAAUAUUUUUAAUUCUUAUGCGCGAUCUGAC